AUGCAGGAAUACUACGAAGAACUGAAAAUGGCCAUGCUGAGAGUUUGCACGGAAACCAGAACGGGAAUCGCUCGGAAUCGUAGUAUUACGAAGUCUAGAUUAGUUUUGGCAAAGAAAACUGUGGGUUCGGGCGACGGUAACGAAUCUGGAGAUGAGUCUGCCAGUUUCCUGCGGAAAGGUUUGUCCUCUACCACGACCAUCUUCAAACUUAUGGGGAAGUUGGCGCAGCGAUCCACUUCACGACAGGGCUCUGUUGUUUCUGGGCUCGGGCCGGGUUUGCCGGAUCGAAGUUUGGAGGUCGUACCGGAUGCGGAGGUGUCAACUUUGGUGGCUCGUUCUCCGGACCUCAGCCCGUACACUGCAGUUCCUUCGCCAGGGUUUUUGCGCGUCAUUCUCGUAGUUCUCUUGUCUCUCAUGGUUUGCAACGUGCUGCUGUUCAACCGUCUAUGGGCCUUGGAGCGAAAUUUGACAGCGGACCGGACAAAUGGAGUUUUCGCGAGAUUCGUCAUUCCGGAUUUUUGUGAGCCUCUUGAAGAUUCUGAUGAAGUUUUGCGGCUGUUCCGCGAGCAAGAGAAAUCGCAUUUGGAGGAAGUUGCGCAUUGGAGGAUUGUGAUUUCGAAUUCCGCUGCACUUCUGAAAGAAGUUGAAGGUUCUCUGACAUCAUUGCAGGAGCGUCUGGUCCAUCAUCCGCAAAAAAUGCGGCGAACUGCGGAUCGGCUGCAGUGGUUGAUGGCGAACGUUGUCGAGCCAGAAAUCAGCGUUGAAGACGACAACGAGUCUGAUGAGUUGCGGUGAAUGUGCACAAAAUGAGUCCCGCUUUCGGGUUAGGGGGUAAACGCGCUUUAGGAGCUGUGGGAACGUGAAUACAUAUUUUUUUCUAGAAUGGGGAAGAUGAGAGAAAGGAAAAAAGGUGAUUUGUCUUGAGUAUUUCGUCUUUGUUGGCGUUUGACGUGGCGGAAAAGUCAUUGGCGCUCCCGUGUGACUGAUUGUGAGAGGACAAAGAAAUUUUAUGUGAUAUUUCAAAACGAAGGGAGUGGCAUCUCAGUUUUAUUACAGCAGUUUUCGUCGGGUGGUAAUAAGGAGUAUUGUUGGAAGGAUAUUGGUUGGAAAUUAUUUUUCAUAGAGCGUCUCAAACUUGGGAUACGUAGCUGUUGUAAGAAAGUUUGCUGAUGAGAAAGGAUCAGGGAAACGACCCUCCUUUGCUUUUUUUUUUAUUAUUUUAGGAGGAAACAAAGUGCGUAUCAUUGAUUCGAAUUGCUGUUAUGUUCAGGUCGUCGCGGAAGUUUUAAUCGUAUUCUUCUGCAUAUGCUGAGGUGAUGGUUGCAUUUCUAGUUUGAUCGCUGGCCCCUUGUUAUAAGCUUGAUCUAACUGUUCUUGUGACCCAAUACAAUUUUCCCAGGAAACCAAAGGUA